GUAUUAACAAGAAGAAGGUCCAUUCAACCCAAUCUACGCUAUUCAUUGUUAGCAGUGUGAUACUCUGUACACUAGAGAAACCAAACGUCAAUAGAUGAUCCUUUGUGAAGCAUCUGUGUUCAGUCCAAAGCCUGAACCUGAACUUCCCAUUCCUUUACAGUUUCUCGUUCCACAGAUGCAGCCUGACCUGAUGAGUUUCCAACAUGUUCUGUUUUCACUUUGGCCAUGGGUUAAUUUGCACAGUAAUGGGUAGCUUGUGCAUAAAUGAGACAUUGUGUGCAGGCCGCAAGACAGGAGACAUCAAAAACCUGUGAUCAAUGGGGUCACUGGAAAUAACGGACCUGCAGUUGAGUAAUAUCACCAUGGCAACCAAGGCCCUGAGGGAACACUUUAUACUUUAUACUUUAGGUAUAAGCCCACCAGAUCAGGAGAUGGAAGAUGAUGUUAAAAGCAACUAAUCAGGAAACUUCUUGUCUUGGAUUGGUCAAGUAGUAAUAACUACAUUUUGGGUGUUUAAAGACUUAUUCAGAAAGUCAGAAGGCAUGGGAUCCAGGGAAGUUUGGCCAGGUGGAUUCAGAAUUGGCUUGCCUGUAGAAGGCAGAGGGUCGUGGUGGAGGGUGUACAUUCAGAUUGGAGGGUAGUGACUAGUGGUGUCCCACGAGGAUCUGUUCUGGGACCUCUACUUUUUGUGAUUUUUAUUAACGACCUGGAUGUGGAGUUAGAAGGGUGGGUUGGCAAGUUUGCAGAUGACACAAAGGUUGGUGGUGUUGUAGAUAGUGUAGAGGAUUGUCGAAGAUUGCAGAGAGACAUUGAUAGGACGCAGAAGUGGGCUGAGAAGUGGCAGAUGGAGUUCAACCUGGAGAAGUGUGAGGUGGUACACUUUGGAAGGACAAACUCCAAGGCAAAGUAUAAAGUAAAUGGCAGGAUACUUGGUAGUGUGGAGGAGCAGAGGGAUCUGGGGGUACAUUUCCACAGAUCCCUGAAAGUUGCCUCAUAGGUAGAUAGGGUAGUUAAGAAAGCUUAUGGGGUGUUAGCUUUCAUAACUCGAGGGAUAGAGUUUAAGAGACGCGAUGUAAUGAUGCAGCUCUAUAAAACUCUAGUUAGGCCACAUUUGGAGUACUGUGUCCAGUUCUGGUCGCCUCACUAUAGGAAGGAUGUGGAAGCAUUGGAAAGGGUACAGAGGAGAUUUACCAGGAUGCUGCCUGGUUUAGAGAGUAUGGAUUAUGAUCAGAGAUUAAGGGAGCUAGGGCUUUACUCUUUGGAGGGAAGGAGGAUGAGAGGAGACAUGAUAGAGGUGUACAAGAUAUUAAGAGGAAUAGACAGUGAACAGCCAGCACCUCUUCCCCAGGGCACUACUGCUCAGUACAAGAGGACAUGGCUUUAAGGUAAGGGGAGGGAAGUUCAAGGGGGAUAUUAGAGGAAGGUUGGUGCGUGGAAUGCACUGCCUGAGUCAGUGGUGGAGGCAGAUACACUAGUGUAGUUUAAGAGACUACUAGACAGGUAUAUGGAGGAAUUUAAGGUAGGGGGGUUAUAUGGGAGGCAGGGUUUGAGGGUCGGCACAACAUUGUGGGCCGAAGGGCCUUUACUGUGCUGUACUGUUCUAUGUCUAUGUCUAUGUAAAACUGGGAGCUCCAAUGCACAGGACCACAAGAGAGGUGGACUCAGCCAGUUCUGUCCUGGGUACAGUUCUCCCCAUUACUGAGGACAUCUAUAAGAGGUGACAUCUCAGAAAGGCAACAUCUAUAAGGGACACCCCCGCCCCCAAACCAGGUCAUGAGUUCUUUUCAAUGCUGACAUCAGGAAGGAGGUACAGGAGCCUGAACACUCACAUCUCAACCUUCAACAUCAGGUUCUUGAACACAUCUGAUAGACUAACUUUACAUUUUACUCAAUUUGCACAAAUGUCAUUAUAUUUAUUUCAUUGUGUAAGUUAUGUAUAAUUUGUUACUUUAAGUUUGCAAUUUAUGCUUGUCAAAAGACCCAAGACAAAGGAGCACCGAGUCUGCCCGCCAUUUGGCCCACUGAAUCUGCUCUGUCCUUCCUUUGUGGUUGAUUUAACAUCCUCUCAACCCCAUUAUCCUGCUUUUUCCCUAUAAACUUUGACGCCGUUAAUAACAAGAACCAACCCCCAUUUUAAAUAUAUCUACGUACUCUAUUGUACAGCAGCAAAAAGCUAAUUUUCAAGGCAAGUAUAACGACAAUUUCUUUUGACAAUAGACUUGAACUUGAAAAUAUGUUGUGCUUUGUACAGACAAGGAGAGCGAGGACCACAGCAGUGAGGUAAACAGGCCUCCUCCUUCCUCAAGGUGAAAGUUUGAUGAAAUAUAUGCCUGCUUGAAUUGAUAAUAGAAGUAUCUCACUUUCUCCACUACACAGAUCCCUCAAACAGAUCAGAUGUUGGGAGUAGCAAGAGUGGAGCACCAUGGGAGGAGUGUGGGACAGGUGGCACAGGAGAAGUGUGAGCAAUGGGAGGUUGUGCAGGUGCAGACGCACCCAGCCCUGAGGUAACCAUGGACAAACUUAUACACGUCCUCCUGCUCCUCCUGAACACAGGAUUCCUCUCUGCCUGUCCCAAAAAAUGUUCCUGCUAUUCUAAAGCAGUUGACUGCCGCAGUGUCUCUCUGCUGAAUUUUCCACCUGACAUUGACCAUGGAACAGAAACAUUAUACCUGGAUGAAAACUCUUUGAUCAGAAUCCCUCAGAAUGCUUUUAAAAACCUCACAAACCUAAGCUACCUUGGUUUAUCAAGAAAUCGCCUCCUCCUUCACAACUACACGUUUGAUUUUCUGCUUGAACUCCAAGCUUUGGACUUGUCUGCCAACCACCUGUUGGAGAUACAAGUGGACCUGUUUGGAAACCUUCCACAGCUCACCUGGUUAAACCUGGCCAAUAACAAAUUUAAUACUCUCCCUGUGAUGUGGCGUCAUGAGAAACUGACUUACUUAGAUUUAUCCAACAAUGAACUCACGGUGCUCCAGAGAACAUUCAACAACUUCCCUCGGCUGGACACCCUGCUUCUCAACAAUAACAGACUGCAAACACUCCCAUCAACACUGUUCCACCCAUUACAUCUCCUCGAUGUUCUGGACUUGUCCAACAAUCAGCUGAGCUCCCUGCCUCUCCAACUCUUCAAGAGCCAACGCAAUCUGACUGAUCUGCGUCUGGACAACAACAAGUUAAAGAAUUUCAUGGUAUCUUUGUUCAGCCAUCAGGGUAACUUACAGUACCUAACCACCUCUGGGAACCUCAUUACUAGUCUCUCACCUCCUAUAUUUGCUAACUUGACCAAACUAUUGAUGCUGGACUUAUCCAACAACUCAUUGACCUGUCUACCAAAAAACCUCAUCUCUGGUCUGGAAGCACUGCAAACAUUGAAGGUCUCUGAUAAUCUUAUUAAUGAACUGAAGAGUGAAACAUUCAGACAUAACCCUAACCUAAUAUUCCUACACCUGGACAACAACCAGCUCAGCAGCCUUCCAGUAUUUGAAGGACUAACACAUCUGGAAGAGCUGACUUGUUCCUUUAAUAAGCUCAUUGGCUUUCCAAGAGGAUUUGCUGAGAAUCUCCUACAGUUGAAGUGUCUGCUGGUCACCAACAACCUCAUUAGCCAAUGGGACCCUGAGAUAUUCCAAAAUAUUACCUCGGUCCUCCUGAGGGACAAUCCAGUCUGUUUCAAGGCAGUGGCAGCACCUGUCCAAUCCACACAUAUCGACUGCAGGAAGAAGCAGUGCUCCUCAGUGUGAGACUGAAAUAACUUAGUUAAAGAUGUCAGUGAUUUACUAAUGCGUGGAACUUACUGGGCAGGCACUAACUGGUGAGAUUUAAGAGAAGUUAUUAAAUUCCAUCCAUAUACUGUAUAGAUUCAGUUUAAAAAAAAAUUCACAAAUCCUUUUGGUUGGUGCGGCAUGGUACCAUGGUGUUUAGCUUAACUCCUUACCGUGCCAGUGAUCAGAAGAUUGGGGUUCAAUUCCCACAGUCCUCUGUAAGGAGUUUGUACGUUUUCACUGUGACCACAUGCAUUUCCUCCAAGUGAUCUGGCUUCUUCCCACAUUCCAAAGACACAGGGGUUAGAUGUUGUGGACAUGCUAUGUUGGCACCGGAAGUAUGCUUACACGUGGGCUGUCCCCAGCACAUCCUCACACUGUACUGGUCAUUGACAAAACAAUUCAACAAUGUUUCGAUAUAUUCCGUCAACCAACUCAUUUGAUUAGAGAUAUAAUUUGGUUACAAAGGCUGCAUGGGACAGUGGGGGCAACUACAGCAAAACCUUAUGUUCAUGGGUCACCUUCAUGGGAGGGCCAGGGAUCACAUUUAGGGGCAGUGAGGCCAGUGACCCUGGGCUGUGAGCUAAAUUUUAGAAAACAAGAGUGAAAGGUUUGACACAAUGAACUCAGAGACCAUGUAGAUCUGGGGAUGAUCAGAAAAUCUGAAACGAAAGAGCCAGGAAGUUGAGGAUGGCUGGAGCACACAUGGUACAAAGGGUCAUCCACACCUUCACUUCUAAAGCCUUUCCAUUUUAGGGUCUGACCAAGGGGGAAAGAGUUCUGAUGGUUCCAGGGUCCCAGAAGAGGGGAAAUAGUGAAGAUGGCAAAUAGCUUCAUAGGGGGAGGGAACUUGGGGGUCAGGUGGUCAGGGGAGGGAAUGAUGGGAGGAAGCUGAUGGUCAGUGGGGAAGGAGCCAGAGGUUGGUGGAGAGAUACUGAGGAAGACCCAUCAUGGGGCUGAAGGCUUUAUGUAAAGUUCCUGCCUCAACCCCCAUGGUUUGGCACUGAGGGAUGGGUCAGGGCUUUCUGCAUUGGGAACUAUUUCUUGCACUGUAUUGCUGCCACAAAACAGCAAACUUCACAUUAUCUGAGUCAGUAAUGCUGAACCAGAUUCUGGUUCUGACAGACUUCCAUUGCUGACUUCAUUAGGCUUACUUUGUGAUGAAAUACUGCACGUCGCUCCUGCACACAAUGCUGCGGAACGAGAAAGGUAUGAACUCGGCACUGCUGUGACCUUUUAUCUCCCUCCCUGAUGAUCAUGGGCCCUGAGUCAAUCCAGGAGGGUCAGUACUCUGAGGGUUUGUCAACAGCAGGUCAAUUCCUGCCCAAAGCCAGAGGCUCAGAGCCACACAACACAGGAGCAGACCCUUCGGCCCAACUUGUCCAUGUUGACCAAGUUAUCCUUCUAAGCUAGUUUCAUUUGCCUGUCCAUAUUCCCUCUAAUCCUGUCCUGCUCACGUAUCUGUCCAAGUGUCUUCUAAACAUUGUAAUUAUAACCACUCUGGCAGCUUUUCACCCUUUGUGUGAAAAAUUUACCCAUUGGAUCCCUUUAACUCUUUUCCCUCUCACUUUAAACCUCUGCCCUCUAGUUUUAAACUCCCCUAGCCCGUGUCUCAUUGUGUGGAUCAGACUGCAAUAUACCAAGCGCCAUUGAAUUUCUGAGCACAAGCAACAGUUCACUGACUCUGCAUGGCAACCACUGGUUCACUGGAACCUAUUUAAAGUCAACAGCUCCUUACAGAUACAAAGAUAGAGGCAGGAAAGUUGUUUCUAUUGCUAUGUGAGACUAGAACUAAAGGACGUAGUCUCAAGAUUUCGAGGAGUGGAAUUAGGAUAAAGCUACCAAAUUAAAUUUA